GGUAUAAGUUAGUAUCAGAGAAUCAGAAUCAGCGAUGUCUAGCUAUAUUGAGUGAAAGGAAUGAGGUACUAGGGUAAAUGUGGUGGCGGAAUCUAUCGUGCGUCAUACGUAGUUCACAAUUCACUGCAGUAGCCAUCUGCUCCCAAGGCUAUACUGGAAGUUCCACCAUGUUUUUUGUACGAGUGUGACCAAGUCGAUCUUUAUACUUUAGUAAAACUCCUGUGAAUAAUGAAAUUGUAAAUACUUGAUAUAAGAUUACAAAAAACGUGCUAGUAUUUAAUCAAUUUGUACGUUAAUUUUAAGAGAAAUUAGUAUUUUUAGUAUAAGUUAGUUUUAACGAAUAUAUAUAUAUAUGUAUAUAUAUAUACGGAAUACUGAGCAAAUGAAUGUGAAUUAAAACGUGAUCUAUUACAGACAUGAAAAGUUUACGGGACGCGUUGAGGCACGCUUCAUUUUUAUUUUCGUUAUUCAACUCUAUGAGUUGCUUUUAAGCGUGAAUAUUUUAUUUAAAGUGUGAAAAGUAAAGCUGCAGCCAAGAUGGACGAAUACGACAAAAAGUUUGCAGAAAUGCAAAAAUAUAUUCCUUUUUUGGAAGCCAUGAUCGAAAGACUGCAGAAAGUAACAGAUUCCUCCCGGGUGUUACAGUUGCAGAAAAUGCAACAGCUUCAUGGAAUUUUAACAAGCAAGAAAAGAAAAUUGAAGCUAGAAACUCUGCAAAAAUGUGAAGCCGUCCUGUUAAAACUGCACAGCAAAGUUGACAAGAUGCUUUAUAGUUUAAACUCAGUAAGUCUAAUUGAUAAUCAAUUUCAGGGGACCAGUGGAUUGAAUUUUCCAGUUAAAAAAAGUGGAGACACUGUUACAGUAACCAAUGCUCCAACGUCGACGGUGGAUAAGAAAGCUGACGAAUCUCAAAAUCAGAUAAAAGAGUCGGUCAAAGUCAAGCAGAAACCUGAGGAGAAGCUUGAAGCCACUAAGCGCAAGAAAGAUAUAAAAUCUAAAAAAAAAAUGAACGAAACUCCAGCAAGUCCGAGUCCACCGGCUAGUCCAGAUCCAGAAAGUUCUUUAAAUAACGCUCCUAUAGUAAUUCCGACUGAAAGAGCACUUGAAUAUGAAAGCAAUGUUAUUAGUAAAUCCAAAAGUCUUACUCAACGCGACUCUUUGCCUACGAAUAAAUUAUUGAUUUUUACUAAAUCACGAUUGAGAAAAUCAGAUGACAAAUUGUUCAACCGAUCUGAAUUAUCUGAAAAUGCUAUCGAUUCACCAACGAAUAGCUUUGAUGAAUGGUCUAUACUGGAAGCAAGUGAAAAAACUAAUAAGCCUGGUCAUAGUAAUAAAAUUGAAGUGAAACAAAGUCGACAUAAUUUACCGAUUUCUUCUAUUCCUAGAAGAUUUGGUUCUCCUUUGGAAAAAAGUUCUGACCAUGCUCUUUCAGAUGUUGCAAAAGAAGUAAUAAAAUCAAAUGCACUUAAACAAUGCAGAAAUAAAUCUCCUCCUGAUCCCUUCAGAACUAAAAAGGCACCAGCCCCAUUGACAUCGCUUCCACUCGAUAGAUCUGGACCACUAUUGUCAAAGUUAGAUUUAGCAGAACUUUUAAAUGAUGAUCCUUCUCAUAUUUCGGAUAAAACUGACGAGAAGAAGAGCAUCAAAGAAAGAUUAUCAUUAGAUACCAAAAAAGGAAUUGAUAAAAAAAGUUCUUGGACGCUAUCAAAAAAUAUUGAUAAAGACAGCGAUAGACGAUGGGAAGAAGUAGAUAAGCAUAUUGUCAAAAUGACUCCCCGAAAUAAUAUUCCUUCGUCUGCUAAUAGAAGUGAAACGCUUAAAACUGAUCAAAAAUCACAAAUACAUUCCACAAAUAAUAAAAGUUAUAAUGAUAAUCAUGAGCGAAGCUCUCGUCACUCAUCUGAAUUUCGUCAUGAUGUUGAUCAAAAUGUCCAAAUACCUAACUUAAAUGUUAUACAAAAAGCGUUAUCUCAUAUCUCUGAAAAUGACUAUGCCAAUUUGGUAAAUAUUCAUUUGCAAAAAGAUGGUACAGCAAAUCCUGAUGAUCGUACUUCGAUGCAUCAGCGUCGAGCAUCUUCUCUUGCGCCUAGUGAGAUGCAUUUACAUAAAAGUGGGCAUCCUAAUUAUGCCAGUCCAGUGGAACCAGAUUUUCGUCGGGACAAUUUAGAUUCUAGGCAUCAAGAUCAUUACGAUGUACAUAAUAUUCAACCACCAAUGCAUCAGCAACCCGGCAUGAGUCCAGGAUUUGGUGGUCCGCAGUGGAGAGGACAGAAUCCAAAUGUACGUGGUCAUUCCAAUGCAUCUCCGAUGUCUCCCAGGCCAUCUCAUUAUCCGCAUUCUGGAAGCUUACCACCACAAGAUAACUGGAAUGUAGGUCCAAAUUCUGUAGUCACAGAUAAUUUUCCUCCUCAUCACGUACAAAAUCAAUAUGGGCCAAAUGUAAACCGCGGAGCAAGGUCGAUAAUGAGUCCAAAUAAUGAAAUGAACUUUGCAGAUGAAAGGGCUUUAUCAUCAUCUCCCCAAUCCAUCCCAUCACUACUAACAACUCCGUGUUAUCCUCAAUCUAAAUUCAAUUCAUUUCCCCAUGAGAAUCGUCCAAUUGAUCAGCAAUUUGAUCGUUCUGCUGAAUUUCCUCGUGGGCCUGUCAGACCACAGUGGGAACCCUCGCAAAACAGACCCAAUGAUGUGCCUUUUGACAAAAUGAAUGAAUAUUCCCAUGGUCCACCAAGGCCACAAUGGAAUGGCCCACCUAACAGACCUAAUGAACCAAUUUAUGAUAGACCCCACGAAUAUCCCCAUGGUCCUUCUAGGCAGAUGUGGGAUAAUUCAUCCAAUCGACCCAAUGAACCAAACUUUCACGAUGGUUCUCGAGGAAGAGGAGUAGAAAGUCAUUACGGUCGAACACCUAAUCUAGAUCAUCAAUCUUGGAACCGUGGAAACAAUGAGUCUUUUAAUAGAGGUAGAGGUGGCGAUCGUUUUGGGUCUGAAAGAGGCCGAGUAGGAGACUCUUCAUAUGGUGGAUUCAAUCGUCGAAGUGAAUGGGAUCGUCCUACUGUAUCAAAUGAUAAUCGUUUUGGAAUGAGGGAUCCACGAUAUAGACCAGAAGCUCCCCCUCAUCAAAUGAACAAUCCGAAUAUGCCCAAUGCGAGAAGAGAUCCUAGGUUGGUAAAAGAUAACAAUAUUCAAGUUCUUGUAGUCAAUAAUAAGCCCUCAGAAAGUUCAUCUGUUUCAAGAGAUCCAAGGCGAAGAAAUUCAGAAACUAAAGAAUCAAAUAAACCAACUAGCUUCAAUAAUGCUUUACCUAAUAACAAAAGCAAGGGUGUAGAGAAACUAAAAGACAAUGCUAUUCGUGAUGAUGCUACAUCAAAAACACCUUCGAUUGAUAAUAAAUCAAAUGAAAAAACAAUGGACGAUAAACUAAAGAAAGAUAUUGAUUCUAUGAAAUCACCAUUACAUAGUCUUUAUGGUGCAAUCGAUACUGCUGCUAAAACUGGAAAAGGUUAUGGCUUACAAAAUUUCAAAAUUCCUAAAAUUAAAAAACCAAUUACGCCUCGUCCUCCUACUCCUCCAAGACCAAGUCCAUCGCAUUUUGAAGAUAAAUGGGAAACAGACGCUCAUCCAUCAAUUAACACUGGAUCAUCGGAAAAUGACUCUGAUGAAAAACUACAUGAUGCAAAGAAAACAGAAGUCACCAGUACCACUGAAGAAUCUGUUGAUAACUUGAAAGACACUAAUACAAAAGAUGUUGAUCGAAUUUCUAAAACUACGGAAGCAGAGACUACAUCUAAAGCUGAAAAUAUGAAAGAUGAAAGCUUAAAAUCUGAAAAAGAAUCAAAAGAGGAAUCUGAGACAACAGUUGACACUUCUACUACUUUAAAAGAAACUGAGUCGAAAAGUAAAUCGACUCAAGAUGAUACACCUAAAUUUUCAGAAACUGCUACUCAAGAACUGAUUGAAGCUCUUAUUAGAAAGUCAUUUGAAACUGGUGAAGCUAAAACAUUAUUAGAAAAUGCCAGGAUAUUGAAAAAGCUUAGAGAAGUUCUUAACUCUGAAAAAUCAGAAAAAAUACUUAAGAUUAUCAAAUCAGAUUCUGACAGCAGUAGUUCUGAUGAUAAGAGUACAAUUGUACAUCGAAAGAAAAUCUUAAAAAAGAAAAAACCUGUCAUUGAAUCUGAUUCUUCGGAAGAAGAAACUUUGGCAACUAGGCUUGAUAAAGAGUCUCCAUCAAAAAGUUUUAGUAAGACUAAAAAGGCUCAAACUGAUAAUUUAAGUAAAAAUGAUAAAUCAGAAUCUGAUUCAGAAAAAAAAGAAGUUGCAAAUGCUAAGAAUACCAACAAUAAGGCAAAUGAAGAGGAUGUAGAGGUCAAUAAAGAAGAAGAUGAAGAAGACAGUAAAGUUGAAGAAGUAAAAAAACCAGUUAAAUCUCCACCUAAAAGAAAACGAAAAGCAAAGAAGGUUCCAGCUAAGAAAAAAGUUAAGAAAACUGAAGAAGUUGUGAAUGACGAAGUAGUAGCUUCUAAAGAGGAUGAAGCAGUUAAACCACCAGUUGGAAAGCCUCGUAAACAAAAACGACGAAAUUCUUUGGAAAUGUUACAAGAAGACGUUCGUGAAAUGUUCAUUAGCAAAGGCGUGAUAACUGCCACUGGUGUUCGGAUGUGUAGAUUAAUAAAAGAAGCCCAAGGUAAUUUACCGUCUAUUGAAAUGGAUGAUAAAGCAAGUAAUGCUUCUGGUGUUACCAACUUAUUAGAAGAUUUAAAUGAAUUACAUUCAGGUGAAGCUGAGUUUAAGUUGAAAUCUCGAUCUCGGAGUAGAGCUGAAAGAAGUAAAACUCCAGAUCAAGUGCCAUUGAAAUCAAAAGAAAGCAAAACUCGAAAGUCUGGUACUAGUAAGCUUUCCAAGGAAAUAAUCAGUACUUCUGACGAUAGUGACGAUGAUGAUAAUUUCGCUCUACGCAACAAUGAUUCAGGUAGAAGAUCGAAAGAUCCUUUAGCUGUAACUCCUACUUUAGAUGAGGAUGGUGAUUAUGGGCCUGUCGUUAGAAGAAGCGGACGAGUAGCUUUUAAAGAACCUCGCGUGAUGAUAGAAAAAACUGAACUAUCCAAAGUUGACUCUAAUGUCUUUGAUACUUCGUCUGAUGAAAGCUUUGGUAUUGACGUUACUGAGUUAACAGCUGCUGUUGAUAUUUCACUGCAUCCUGAUCGGAAUAAUUCUAAAGUUACCAGAAAGAAGAACUUGAAGAAAGCUCAAAAGACAGCAACUAAAAACACUUCUGAAAUGAAUGAUAGAAAAAUUAGCAAUACUCCUUUACCAUUUGAUGACGACGCUAGUAUUGCUUCUGAUGCUUCGGUAGCAAGUAGUAAUACAUCUAGUAGGAAAAAAUUAAUUGAUCCAACAUCAACUGAUACUAAUGAAGAAUUGAUUGCAAACGCUAUUGGAGAGUUGGCAAAUGAUAAAGAUAAGGAUCCAGGUAUUGAUAAAGUCACUGAUAAUGACGAAGAUAUGGACACAUUACAUGAGGGAAUUAAAAAACCACAACCGUCGAAGAGAAAGAAGAAACGCGCAUCAUGGCAAAUGGGGGUUGUUCCUAAGAGUAAAAAGAAGAAAACUUGUCAUCUAAAUGAUUCGGCUAAUCCUUCUGAAGUUUUAUCUGAUGACGCUGAGUCAAAAACUGUAUCUAAAACUUCUAAGUUUAAAAAUGAUUCAUCAAUGGUUUCUGAUAAUCUUGAUCUUGAUGAAGUUAAAAAUACAACUACUUCUAAAGUAGUAUCCAAAAUUGUAAAUGAAAAGAAACAGUUGUCUGGAACAGCUGAAAAGUCGAAAAAUGAUGUGGAAGAACUACCUUAUCCAGAGUUAGAUCUUAAUGAGUUGGUUGAGUAUGCGUGGACUGGACAGGAACGAUAUAAAUGUCUCUUGUGUUCAUUCAGUGGUAAAUCUAUCGUUCAUCAUUACACCCACAAUCAUCCUAAAAAUGAAGUAAUGAUUUCUCGAUUAACUCUACUAGAUGCUAAACGGGCUAUUGAUGAAGCUAAAGAUGAAGAAUUUAUUAAGUUAUCAGAAGAAGUAAACUCAGGACCAAUUCGUAAAUUAACUUGUAGAUUUUGUGUUUACACUUUCGAAGGAGAAAAAAAUGUUAUUAUGGAACAAUUUUAUGAACAUUGUACAACUCAUACUGGUGAAUACAGAUUUACUUGUAAAUGUAAUUAUCGAACUAGUAUUAAAUCUUCAAUGCGAGCACAUUAUUAUAAAAUUUGUCGAAAAAAUAAUGAAAAUUUCGCGAAUUCUGUUCAAGAAGAUCUGAUUCCUUCUGAUGAAUAUAUUCCUGGUUAUUUGUGUUCUCUUUGUAACUUCAUUCAAUUAAAAGAAUCAAAUGUUAAAAAUCAUAUUGACAGAAUUCAUAAGAGUCUAGAUUCCGAUAUAGAAAUUAUUAAGAUCAAUAUGUCUGGAUACUUGAAAGUUAAAGACAGUGGUAAUUAUACUAGAUCAAUGGAUAGUUCAAUUAUGAUUAAAUUUGAUUCCGAUACUGAAGAAAAUGAUUCUCAAGUUAAAGAAAUUGAACCGACAAAAAGAGAAUUUAGGAAAAAUACUGAUGAUUUGAUUGAAGAUUUUACUAAAGAUAAUUUAGCGGAAAAAUCUGACACUGCUCAAGAUGACGGUGAUAAUUCUUUGUCAAGGAAACUUAAUGCAUUUGUUUGUCCUCCAGAACUAGAAAACAAAGAAGUAGAGAUUCAGCUGGAGCGUAAGAAAAAGAUGCAGGAAAUAGCUGACAAUAUUGGAUUGAAAAUUCAAAAGGACUCUACUGAAAAAAGAUUAUCGAUUAUUGAUAAACUACAAACGAAAAUGACAACUUCAGAGAUAGAAAAUAUUAUCGAUAAUGUUAAUACAAACGAGGAAGAAUAUUUGACUCUUCAUAAUGGCGAUGUUACCGAACGAGUAAUGAAAAAUGUCGUAGCACUUGCAGAAUCUCAAUUGAUUGAUACAUUUGAAGAAGAACCAAGAUUUAAAUCUGAAUAUAUCCCUCAAACUUCUGAGCUAUCUGAAUCUUGUGCUGAAAAUUCAUUAAUGAUCAAUGAGGAGAGCGAUGAAUUAAAUGUCGAUAAAUCAGACAAAAAAAUGAAAGAUCCACUUGCAUUAUUCCAUGAUGAUGCUCAAAAAGAUCCUCAUAGUGAGUUGGAAGAAGCCAGCGAUUCCGAAGUUGCUGCCGAAGUUAAUAGACCGUAUGAAUCUGAUUCAAGUGAUGAAGUAUCAGAGCCUGAGAUACAAACAGACGUCAGUUCCUUACUUAAAGAGACUAUCAAUACAUCUACAAAAGUACCCAUGAUGAAUACAAUUCAACGUUUAGCAGCACAAUUGCAAGGCGUUAAAAGUUUUCCCGCUAUCAAUACUGAAGAACAGACCGAUGAUAAUUUAAUGGAUACAUCAAAUACAUCAAUGCAACUACCUAUAAUUACAAGUGUAGUAAGUGAAUCAGUGAAACAAAAAUUACUAUCCCAAGAUCAAUCUUCUGUUAUAAAAGAUACAGCUGGUGAUAAUGCACCGAAAAAUUUUAUUCGAUUACGUCGACUUCCUGGAGAUUUACUUUCUACUGGAGAUUCAGAUUCUAAUAAACAACCUGAAACUGAAUCAUCAUCGUCCAUAGAGUCUUCUACAACAGCAUCACCUGAAACUACAGUUUCCAGAUCAAACGAAAAUAUUUUGGAUACAUCAGAAAUAGUACAACCUGGUGAUGAAGAGGGGUCAUUUUUGAAGAUCGAAAAUGUAGUGAGUCUCGCACCAUCUCAGGGAAAUUCUAAUGAGGAUUCGCCUCUGAUAAAUGACAUCAGAAAAGCUGUGGGUACAUCACCAUUGAAACCGGUUGCCGUUUCUUUGCUUAAAAAAGUAAUGGGCCCGCACAUUUUGAAAAAACUCCGUCCGAUGAACAAUGUUGAAACUUUGUAUCACAAUAGCUUACCUCCUGUUUCGUCGGCUGCAAACACAGUAACAGCACCUCGAGCGACCUCAUCGCCUUCAAAUGUAUCGAAAAACUUCAAAAUUGUCAAAGUUUUGAGACGUGGAUCGACAAUAUUGAAGUCGAAAGAUUCAGGUCAAAAUCCAUCUGUGUCAACGUUAAAAAGUCCUGAUACUUAUAAAAAUAUGUUGAAGUCAGGCAAGCUACGGCAUUUAUACAAAUGUAUGGCUCGAUUGUGUUGCUUUACUACUGACUCAUGUGAUGCAUUUGUAAAACACUAUCAAAGUCAUGUAGAAUUACAGGUAAAUUCUAAGCCUGAAAUGUGUGAUUAUCAAAGGUGUGCAUAUUGUGAUGAUUCAUUAAAAACAGCUGAGGAUAUGAAGAAUCAUUACAAAUCAAGACAUUCGUUCUGUGCGUUUCAAUGUCACUAUUGUUUCUAUCGAGCUUUCACUCAGUCUUAUGUUGAAUUGCAUCAGAAAUCUAAACAUCCUGGCAAACCUAUUUCUGUAAUUCUCGGUAUGCGAGAUUAUCAUCCAGCUGAAAUGAUAGACAGACGUGAACAUGUAUUACCUUUUAUCUGUAAACACGAAUGUAACAAAUUGUUUUAUGUUCCUGAAGCUUUUAUAGCUCAUUUGAAGACUAAACAUGGUCCAACAUUGGCAAUUUUCAAGUGUCAUCUUUGUGAAACAACUGCUUUUAAAGCAGAGUCUCUGAUAAAUCACUAUAAAAUGCACGGAAUUUAUAAGUAUCAAUGCUUAUACUGUCUUUAUGGAGCUGACAAUACCACAGAACUUCAUAAUCACUUGGGUAAUAGCCACAGUAAUCGCCCGCCAAAAAUUCUAGAAAGAUCUUUGCCACCAUCACCGGUAAGAGAUAAAGAUGUUUUGCUACAAUUGAUUAUUAGAAACCUCGAUGAUAAUUAUAAGUGUUCUGAACUUAAGAUUGUACAAGAAGCGGAAAUAACUUCUAAGCAACUAAAAACAAUCCGUCCUAAAUUACCUGGACAACAAACUAUUUCUAAUAAUAUAGUAGUUACUACUAAAAGUCAAGUUCAGCCUAGUAGUAUCGUAGUAACUGCUAAAAAUUCAGUUCCACCUCCUAGCAAUAUAAUUGUGGCUACUAAGAACCAAGUGCAGUCUUCUAGUAACAUAAUAGUGGGGGCUAAAAAUCAAGUACAGACUUACAAUAGUAUGGCAAUUAUUGGUAAAAAUAAAGCUCCAAUACCAAUCUUACCACGUCCAAAUAAAACCGGAAAUUCACAUUCUACACUUAAAAUUAUUGAUCCUCGAGAUAUUAUCAGUUUACUUGAAAGUGACCACGAUGCAAAUGGUCAGCCUAUUCAACUUAAUGCAAAUACCAAAGAAAUGAUUUUAAAAGAAUCAAACCUUUUCAGUCACAAUGGAGGAAUAACAGUUUUAAAAAUAGCUGAAAAACCAGCAUCAUCUCCAAAACCAAUACUUCUACCGAGACCUGACAAUUCUUCAGCUACGAGUACCGAUCUUUCUUCUAAGGUAAAUUCUGAUACCAUGUCUACAAUCCAUCAAGAACCUGAAUUAGAACUACGGUAUGUCAGUGAUCAAUUAAAAACACAAAUUGUGAAUGCGAUUGAUCCAUUGAGCAUUUCUGAGAAUAAUCCUUCUUGUCAAGAUGAGUUUAUAAGUACUAAUUUUUUUGACAAUAGUCAAAUACUAAAAUCUGCUGAACAGUCACUUAAUCUCAAUAAAGGUGAUUCUCUUCAAAAUGAUGAAGAAAAAGAAGAUGAUGAUGGUAAUGAUGAUGAUGAUGAUGAUGAUGAUGAUGAUAGUGAUAUUGAAAUCUUAGAAUAUAUACAUCAUCCAAGUAAAACAAACGACACUACAAAUGAAAAAGAAUCAUCAGCGGAAGUAUUAACACCAGGUGAAUCUGAGUUUAAGCCAAAUAUUGAAAAAAUUGUUUCUUUAAAUGCUGAGGAUUUUCAUAACACAGUAUCUGAAGAUAAAUUGGACUUGCAGGAUUUUAGCAGCGCGGACAAUUCAACGGAAAAAAAUAGUCUAACAGAAGUUAAAGCAUUUAAAACACUUGAUGAUAUCAAAGAUACUGGGUAUGUUGGUAGUGAUCUUUAUAAAUGCGGGUAUUCAGCGUGUGACUUUAGCGCCGAAAAAGCUGAAAUUUUGAAAGAUCACAUUGCAAAGUGUCCACUAAUUAAUGAAUCAAAAGAACUAUUUUGUGUUCAUUGCCAAAAACGUUUCUUCAAAAUUGGAUACCUUUUAGACCAUUUUAAAUUUCAUGGCUUGAAACGAUUUGGUUGUUCACUCUGUAGUCAACGUUUUCCUCUAGCUCAACAGGCCGUUAGUCAUAUGAAAAUGAAACAUAAAACUAAUCAUAGAAUGUUACCAGCUGAUCCUACUAAUCCAUCAGAAGAUGGUCUUUAUAUUCUUCACGCUUGUAAAAAUCCUGUUAAAAUAAAAAAAGGUAAAAUAAAAGGUAAUUCUAAAAACUUAAAAAAUGAAGAGAAAGUUAGCUUUGGUCCUGCUGACAUUGAAUCAUUACCUCGUCAAGCGAUUUAUCACCGUGAAGUGCAAUGCGCUGUUUGUCCAUACACAACUAAAGUUCGUACAAAUAUAAUUCGGCAUUUGCAACUUCAUGCGACAGAAGAAAAUGUCCCAGAGUCAGGGCCAGUUAAUCCUGUGCCUUGUUUAGAUAAAAAAGAAAGAAUGUUUGAUAAAAUGGUUAAUUUGGCCAGUAGUUCUCAUCAAAAUGGCCGCAUGAGCACGGGAGCAGCUAAGGGUGAAACGGUAUCACAAAAUGAUAUUGAGUCUCUCCCGAAAUUCAUUCCAGAAAAUAAAAGGUAUGUUUGUAGCGUGUCAGCUUGUAAUUAUUUAACUGUUGAUGAAACUAUGUUACGACAUCACAUGAAAGCUUUACAUCCUGAAGAGCAAUACUUUCGGUGUCCUCACUGUCCUACAUCAUUACCCGGGCAAGAUUCUCAAAAUAUAAUGAUUGAUAAGAUGGGAGUUCACUUAAAAAUGCAUGACACUAAAUUAUAUAAGUGUUCACAUUGCAAUCAUCAUCACUAUCAUAGGCAUGUUGUUGAGCGUCAUUUAGCUGAUAAACAUCAAGAAAAAAGACCAUUUGUAAAAGUAAUCCGAGAAAUUGAAAACCCAGAAAGUAGUCAGCCACUGACUCCACUAGAAGAGACUGAAGAUGGACCAUGUGAUAAAGAUGGCAAUUACUGGAAAUGUAAUAUGUGCGAGUACAAGUGUACGUACAAACAGGAAAUGACGGCACAUAUGACAUCAGUUCAUAAUGAAAAGUCUCAAUUUAAAUGUGGGCUAUGUAUUUUUAAGACACCAUCUAAAAUGGCUUUAGAACAGCACAUUUAUUCAAAACAUCUUAAUGAUGAAAAUGUUGAUUAUACUCUAACUUAUGAGCGAGUUAAAGGAACUAAGAAAAUAGUUGAGAGUACAGAGAUGAUAAGUGUUGAUGAACCGUUUGAUACGACACCAUUAUGGCGAAGGGAUAUGCCAAGAAUACGCCAUAUUCGUGGUAUUCUUUAUGAAGAUGAACCGACAAUGAAUUCUGAAUCUCCUAGUAAAGCAUCCAAACGUAAAAGUGACACAGAAUUAUCCUCAAAGCCGACUAAGAUAAAAGCCAAAUCAUCAUCUUUAGAUGGUUCACCUGAAAAGAUUAAAGUUCCAGUAACGAUUGAUGAGAUGGAUGUUGAUGUAUCGGUUAUUGAUUUACCGGAAGAAGAAAUUACUGACCUUGACUUACUUGAGAAAAAAUAUGGUUCUUAUGGAGAACCUGAUGGCGUUCGCAUGUCGUGUACAAUUUGUAAUAGAUAUAAAUCUCGUUACCGUCAAGAUUUGAGAGAUCAUAUUUAUAGAGAGCUUAAAUACUGGCGACAUAGUUGUGGAGCAUGUGAAUUCAACGCAGUAUCUCAAUCUCAUUUGACGAAACAUAUGAACCGUCACCAUAAAAAUUCUAAACCCGAAGCUAUUGCUCUUAAAUCUAAUCGAGAGAUAGAAACUUGGGUACUAACACUGAUGAACCGACAGCAAGCUAUAAUACGUGGAACAGCACGUACCUCGGAUGAUUUUUUAAAAGUAAAUAAGUCACCAAUAAAAUCAAAGGUUUAUAAUAAAAAAAUUGAGCCACCAACAAUAACUUUAGAGGAUUCAGAUAGUCCAGUAAUACCAGUAGCAACGAUUAAUACCGUUGUUAAAAAUUCUAAAAAAGUAGAUCUGACCAAGAAAAUUUCAAGCAUGCUAGAUAUGAAUAUUGAUGUUUUUGAAAUGAAUUCUAAAGUAAUUAAUAAUGAUAACGAUGAUGACGAUGAUGAUGAUGAUGAUGAUGAUGAUAAUGAUGAUGAUGAUGAUGAUAAUGCUCUUGUAAUUGAUAGCAAAGAUGAUUCAUUUGUAGAAGAUGAAGAAAAAGAAGAAAAAAAAGAAGAUAAUGAUAAACCAAUUGUUAUAAAUACAGCAGAGCCUACUGCUGUUGAAAUAAAGUUACGCCCAGAAAAAUCACUUGCUUGCAAACAUUGCGGCGAUAAAUUUUCAAGAUUACGUGGAUUUAAAACUCAUGUUAUCUUGAAACAUCUUAAACGUGCUAACUUUAUAUGCCGUUAUUGUGAUCGAGGUGCUAAUAUUGAAAGUGUAAUACGUCAACAUAUACGCACCAAACAUCCUGGAUGUGCUGAAGAGAUAGUUCCUAAUCCUGCUGCAAAUGGUCCAGAACUCGAUGAUGAAUUUUGGGAACGUGAAUAUGGUUUACCACAGAAAAAAAAAAGUAAAAAACGUAAAAUAAAAGGAGUAGGUUCAACCGAUAAAUUUGAAAAUGAUAAAGUAGGAUCAGGAGAUAAUUGUUCUAUUUGUGGAUUUACAGCAAUAAAUUCAACUGGCUUAGCAGCUCAUAUGAGAGCGCAUGCCAAUAAGCAUACGUUAAAAUGUGCUUAUUGUAGUUUUACUGCUAAUUCAAAAUCGGAUGUCUGGCAACAUUCAGAAAUUAAUCAUCCAUUAGAAGACUGGAAAGCUGAAGAAAUAAAUACACCUGGAUCAUCAGAUCAACCUCCGCUCCAGUAUACUAAAACUCGAAAUGAACAAGAUUACAAUAAUGAUAUUGAGGAAGAAAUUGUAACAGUACCUAAAAUGACACGUAUCUAUAACUGCUUUUAUUGUAAUCUACGUAGUAGCUCAUUGUAUUCAAUAGAACAGCACUGGAGUAAAAUUCAUAAAGAUCCCAGUCAAUCAUCAAAUUAUAAAACUGGAGUACCGUUCCGAUAUACAGACAAUUCUGAAAAUAAUUUAACUCCUAUAAAGUUUGUAAAGUGUGGAUAUUGUUUCAAAAAAGGUUCAAUCGCUUCAAUACGGUUACAUUCACGAAAAAAGCACCCAGACUUACCAUAUAAAUACUCGGAAGCAACAGAUAAAUCUCGAGAUAUUUACAUUUGUAAGUGGUGUGAUGAAGUUUGUGAGUCACACCAAAAAUCAAUUCAUCAUGACAUGUGUCACUCACAUUUGCCACUGCGUUUUAAACGAGAGCAUGAAAUUGCUGCAGUUCACAAAGGAUAUGGUUGCCCACAAUGUGAAUUUAUCUCUAUUUCUCAUGCUCGUAUGAAGAAACAUGUUAGCAAGCAUUAUGAUAAUUAUAGGUGUAAGAGGUGUAAUGCAAACUUUCCUAAUAUCACUUCUGCUACUCAGCAUAGCACUGAAGAACACCCACUAUUCGCCGCAUCCAUAGAAGGAUCAGUAAGCAAUUUAGAGGAGUUAUUUAAUGGUAUUACUGAAGCAUAUGUUUCUGGUAAUUCAUCAAUGAAAAAUCGUAAUGCUGAUGGUAUACUUCCAUCAAACGAAGUCUUUAGAAAUCUUGGAGUAGCUAAAAAAUCAACUACUAAACAAUUGUUGAGGCCAUCUACAGGAUCAACUAUUAGAGCUGUAGCAAGGAAAUCAACAAAUCCUUUGCCUAGGUAUCCUCCGGGUCUUGUAUUUCCUGUAGAUGGUUUAGAAUGUCAAUCCUCGAUGAAAUCCGAGAGCUUUAGUUAUUAUGGACUUCCAAGAGAACUUGUCGAUUUGUCUCGUAUAAAUACUACGAUGACCUUUGGUACUUUGAAAAAAGAAAUUAAUUGUGCGGCUUUAACUAAAUUUUUAGACAUUGACCCAUUACUUAUUUUAACGGAUAUUAAAACAGAUCCUAAAUACUCCUCUCUAAUCCAACAUCAGACACAAUCACUUUCUCCACAACCACAGCCAUCUCCAACACUACUACCGUCAUCAUCAUUGUCACCCUAUGACAUCACCGUCACUACCAUAACUUAAUCAAUCAUGAAUAUUUAAUUAUUUCAUUCAUUUAUUUUAUUUGUCUUGUAAUAUUUUGAUUUUUGUGACACUUGUUAAUAUACGCUUCAAUUAUUGUUUUAUUUUAUUUUAUUUUUUUUUUUUUUAUUAUAUUUGUAUUUAAGUAAGUUGGAAAAUUUGAAUGCACCAUCAGCAAUCAAUGUUUCUCAUGUUUUAUAGACUGUAAUUAAUAAGAACAAUUAAUUUAAGUAAUAAUCAGGCUCAUGUUUAUAUAAAUGGUCAAUUAAUUUUCUGCUUUUAUUUUAUUAUUUAUGUAGUUCAUUUUUAUGUCAAGGACAUAAUAAAUAGUUUAAAAUGUAAUGAAUUGUUUCGACUAACGAAACAGAUACUGAACUUAGUUCAGUAACAGUUGUGUACAUAUUGUAAAACGUGGGAAUUAAACAAUAAAUAUUUUUAAUUUUUAUAAGUAUAAA